GCUGUUAACCCUAAUAUGAGAGGAAGGGCGAGGAGGAUGAAGAAGCGGAGGAAUUAGGGUUCGAUGCUAAGUGAAGAAGAGUUGAGGAGUGGACGGAGAGUGAUUUGACGUGGGAGAGAAGGUAACUCGAUGGGGGCUCCGAAGCAGAAGUGGACGGCAGAGGAGGAGGAGGCGCUGCGCGCGGGCGUGGACAAGCACGGCGCCGGCAAAUGGCGGACCAUCCAGAAGGACCCUGAGUUCAGCCGCUGCCUCGCCACUCGCUCUAACAUCGAUCUCAAGGAUAAAUGGAGGAAUAUGAGUAUAAGUGCCAGUGGCCAAGGCUCUAGGGAAAAGGUAAGGACACCAAAGGCAAAAGGUGUUCCAGCCACCCCAGUAUCUGGCUCUCAGAGCCUUGUUGUCUAUGUCCCUCAUAAAGAUGGAGCACCUGCAAUUUCAGAUCCAACAAAAAGUUCACAAGAGGCAAAAAAUCCUCCUCGGUACACUGCUAUGAUAAUUGAAGCACUUGCAUCUAUGCAAGAACCUAAUGGAUCAGAAAUUGGUGCUAUUUGUAGUUUUAUUGAGCAAAGACAUGAGGUGCCACAGAAUUUUAGGAGGUUGCUUAGUUCAAAGCUAAGGCGGCUUGUUGCUCAAAAUAAAAUAGAAAAGGUUCAAAAGGGUUACAGGCUGAAAGAUUCCUCGUAUGCAACAAAAACUCCAACCCCAAAACAAAAAGAUCCGGCAAAUCGAGCUAGGGUACAUCAGAAUUCCAGCUCAGCAAAUUCGAUAGACCCUAUAGAGGAAGCAGCAAUAACUGCUGCUUACAAAGUAGCAGAUUCAGAGGCCAAAUCAUUCUUAGCUUCUGAAGCAGUCAAGGAAGCAGAGAAGAUCUCAAAGAUGGCUGAAGAGACGGAUUCACUUCUGCUUCUAGCGAAAGAAAUCUUUGAGAGAUGUUCACGGGGUGAAAUUGUCACUAUUGCUUAAGCUGCAUGGAUAGAAUUUGUUGUAUCUUCAGGUAUGCUCUCUGGCUUGCUCAACCGAACCUUUAAUUUCCUGUAGUUUGCUAAUUUAUGGCUGAUGCCGAGAGAUGCAAUUGCAUGAAACCAAUCGGACAUCCAUGCUGGAUAAAAUCUGUAUAUAAGCUCUCAUUCAAUCAGAUUACAAUCAGAUGAUGAUGACUCUUUUUGUUUCAA